GUCAUUUUCAUUAAGUUAAGGACUAGGCUGUUAUGUGAGCUUUUUUGUUGCAAACUAAAUUCAAUUAUGAGUAAGAGAUUGUGGAGAUUGUUAAAUUCUAUUGAAACUAUAAACCGAUCUAAGUUAGACCACCAUUCAAAACCUGCGAUUACAGGACACCCGUUUCGUCUCAUCAUGGGACUCCUUAGCAGUGCACAUCCACUAUCCCGCACGAGGUGACUGAACCCAUGACAUUCAGUCUCGUGCUCUAACGCAUAACCUCUGGACAACUGAGUCGGUAUCCAACGUUGUUAAUGUCCAACUUUAACCAAUCCAAGACAUGGCCCGACCAUUUCCCAUUGUCUCCAGUGGAUAACUGCCUCACACCCAAAACGGAUUAGUUCCAUCAGUCACUGCUUCUGACGAGGACUCCAGAAGCUUUUUGAAAGCCAUUCAAUAGCAAGCACAUGAUAACUGCCAGUGGGGGAUUGUGGAAGUUAAGCGCUCACUCCCAAAACCGAAGGUCCUGGGUCCGAUUCCAGCGUGCGGGAUAGUAGGGGAGUCCCAAACUAGGACGAAACGACUGUCAAGUGCUUCCAGGCUUUAAAUAGUGGUCUAAAUUAGAUCGGUUCAUGAUUUCAAUAAAGUUUAUUACUUUUAUCAUUUUACAGAAAAAAAUAAAAAAUGCUGAAAGCGAAAGGGAUUUAAUUUUGAGAAUUAUAGCGCGCUUACAAACUCAAGAGGGACUUGCUACUGACAGUAACAAACAUUCUAGUCAUGAAUCAUAUCCAGUGAACGGAAUUAAGUCCUCAUAUACUGAGAAUAUGGGGAAGCAAAACUCGUGUGAAAAAGUUGAGUACAAUAACAAAAACGCUUUGUUCAAAUCAGACAAUCUUUCUGAAGGAAUUCAUUCAAAGUGUGUCAGAUGCAAUAGUGCUCCAAACAAUUCUAAACAAUCGCGACGUAAUUCAAAUUCAAUUAGUCCUCCGGAAAAAUGUGAUGCAGUGGAGCUUCAUAACAUUGAAAAAUUUAUUAACGUUGUGCUGAUUCGAAAGCUUCAAACUUUGGCUGAUCAUUGUCGCAAAUCUUUACAAACAUGUUUAUAUCUCCACCAAAAUGGUAGUAUGAAUCCUGCGCAUCAACCUGAAACGCCAACUUGGACUAAUGUACCGAAUUUCUUCCCAAGAGGUUGUCCAUGUAAAAAUUCCAGUUUAAAUGAUGGAUUCGUUAAACGUCAGUCUAAACACGAUACAACUGACACUACCCUUUGUAAAGUCAAAGAGCCAGUCAAAGAUGAACACUUUUGUAAAACUUUAUUAGAUAAUUCAAAUUCGAUGAAUCCAACAUUUAAUUCUAAAUCUCAAGUUUGCCAAACUGUUGAACUUGGAAUAAAUGCUAAACCAUGUAAAAAGAUUUUGAAUGCUAAUAAAUUCACAUUUACAAAUAAUAAAUAUUGUAGUGGAAAAUGUUAUCACUGUAAAGAAAAUCAGUUGAAAACACCUGUGAUACGCGAAGUGAUUGACUAUACUCUACCAAUAAGAAAAAUAGCAUGGAAAUAACAAUAACAUUUGUAUAUGCUUAAUCUUUCAAGAUAUAAUAAAAAACCAAAUAUUUUUUUUCGGAGAAAUAUAUUUGCGACACUUGUGUUUUCCUUGACUUUGUAUUUCCUUUCUACUAUCAACCUAUUUAACUAGUUAUUGAACAUUGAGUUUACC